AUGACCACGUGGAAGCAGCAAAAUAAUUGUUUUCCACCUCUAAGAACGCUAAUGGAAGACCAAGUAGCAUAUUUGCGGUCUUUAGGAUUAUCAGCAAUUGCUCUUCACGAUGAGCAAUCGGAAGAACGACUGAAGGAAGUGGAAAAAGGAGCGUUCACUUACUUAUUUGCAUCACGGGAGAAAAUGUUGAGCGUGGAACGAUGGCGCAAGCUUCUUUUAUCUGAACACUAUCGGAAGUUUCUGGUGGCGAUAACUGUCGAUGAAGCCCAUUAUAUAAGCCAGUGGGGUCUUCCUGGAUCUUCCUCAAAGCGCACAGCUGUCCCUUUCCGAAUUUGGUAUGGAAACCUGGGGGAACUCAAGUCACUAACUGUAAGUAAUGUUCCUUCUAUCAUUCUGACGGCCACCGCUUCACUAUCAACUAAAAGAGACAUUUUCAGGGCUUUGAAUUUAAACCAGUCCUCUUCCUUCAUCAUGGAACACAGUCCAGAAAGGCCCAAUGUGCAAUUCAGUGUGCGUUAUUUGGAUAAAAACUUGCCUGUUUCUUCAAUAUUUAGUACUUUAAUAGAUGAGCUUAGAAGUAAAAACGUGUCCUGUGAAAGAACAAUGAUUUUCUGCCAAACUCGCAAGCAGUGCGCUUUGGUGUACUCAGCAUUUAAAGAAAACCUUGGCGUUGAUUUUUAUGUUAAUAAACACCUUGACAGUAAGAAGAGAAUGGUGGAAAUGUUUCAUGCUGGAACACCCGAGGCUGUGAAAAAGCACAUUCUUUGUAACAUGUCUCAACCCAAUGGCCACAUUCGAAUAGUAGCCUGUACUGUUGCAUUUGGAAUGGGGGUUGAUUGCAAAGAAGUUCACCGUGUCAUACAUUUUGGCCCUUCUAAAAACCUUGAAUGUUAUGUCCAAGAAUGUGGAAGGGCUGGUAGAGAUGGACAGCCAAGUUCAUGCCUUUUGCUGCACAAUGGGCUACUUGAUGCACAUUGCAUGCAUGACAUCAAGGAUUUUGUUGCUAAUAGUACUGACUGUAGGCGUACUUAUCUAUACAGUCAUUUUCCAGGGAAAUUUACUUCUUCUGUGUCAGGUCACCAGUGCUGUGACAUAUGUGCUAAAGCAUGUGGAUGUCAACAAGAAAUUUGCAAGGAACCUGCUAUACUAGUUCUGGAUGCUACCGAAGAUGAAAACCUUUCUUCUGAAUCUGUUCGUUCAGUUGAAGAAAAUGACAAGGUACACCUCAGGACUGAACUGUUCAACUACAUGAAAAACCUGCUUCAUCAAAAUUCUUCAGGGGCUGUAGCUUCUGUAAAUAUGAUGCAUAAAUUCACCCCACUGCAAAUCAAGCAAGUUCUGGAUACUUGUGACAAAAUUAAGACACUACAACAUGUAGAAACUUUUGUUGAAGUUUGGAGAAGAGAACACAGCCGAGCAAUUUUAAGUGCAAUUCACCAGGUCUUUGGUGAUGUGCACAGCCGUGAAUUGGAGGCACCAGAGAGUGAAGACGAGGACAUAGAGGAAUUUGCACAAGAAUGGGCAGACAUCAGAGAUGACUCUGAACUGUGUCAGCUGUUAAGUGAAAGUGACUUGCUUAAUGUAGAUGUUCAUAUGGAAGACAUUGAUCAGUCAGGUAAUGAGGAAGUAAACAUGAGCAGUGUGAUUGCCAAUCUUUUUAAACAG